AUGGGCAAUUCAUUCUCCAGCCCUACGAAGGAUGAGACUCGCCGUGUAAACCGACUAUCAAAACCCUUGACGAAGAAACUCUCCACUUUGAAUGCUCCUCAACUUCCUCCUAUCGAUACGGAUGGUCCGGAGCUAGCUUCUGGGUUGAUUGGAUGGCAGAAUCCCUGGGUUGGUUCAAACAUCUCCAAGGAUGUCAAGAAUAAAUCUGCCAGAAAACGAGAGUCUCUUCCUGCUUUAACGGAGUCUAAACCCGAAAGCUCAGUGAAGUGGAAUGUGACGAGACACUCGGUUGAUGUCUCUCGCUCUCAGCAUUUAAAGGCUCAAGAUGUUGAGCCUAUUUCGCCUCUCUCGCCUCUCUCGCCUCUCUCGCCUCGAUCUGGCUCUCUCUCCGCCAGUCCCUCUGUAAGAAGAGCCUCAUGUCAAACGGAAAGUUUAGCUACCUCAUCAAAGCAAUCGUUGGAUCUGGGAAGGCCAAAGAGAGCGAAUUCAUUUCAGACGCCGCUUCAGAGACAUCGGAGUGCGAUCUAUGGGGAUAAAGCUCACGAAGCAACCUCAUCAAAUACGCAUUUCACAGUUGGCAACCAACGUUUCUCGCUGACACGUCGGCGGUCUCUCCUGACACGACCUGGUAUUGCAACUCGACGCUCAACUGCCGCCGCGACACGACGAUUUCCGUCACCGAUAGGAGAGCCAGAGUGCGCCGGUGAGGACUCCUCGGAUUCAAAUACGCUACAAUGGCCACUACCUCCGCUGCAACGAUCUUCACUCCCUGUUUCGUUAUCAAUCAGACCAACCAGUCCCACAGACCCCCGAUAUACCCAACUUGGGGCGCUUAAACUGGGAUCCCUGCGAGUUGUCAACGGCUCUGCAUCACCCUGUCCGAGUGAGCGAGUCCCACUUGGUAAAACCGCUCAACUUGUCGGAACUAGCGCGGCUCCUCUAGAUCGCCUGGAAACCAUGCGCUCUAAAGGAACUCCCCUUCAGAUUCCCGCCAUUCCAGACUUGCAAAAAUCCGACGACGUCCCAGGGAGUCCAUUCUCAUUCGAAAAAUCACCAAUUAUCACCGUACAACCUCGACACAAAUCCGUCUUCCCCAUUGAAGCGGAGGACGAGGGAAUCGGCAUGUGCGACGAGGGCCGUGGCCAUGACCAGUCCGAGAAGAACACCGCCACCAUCAAUCGCAGCACAUCCAGAUCCCUCAACAAGACCGAUAGCGGCUACAGCUCAGCAACAUCCGUGCAUUCUGUUUAUCGAAGUCGAACACGGGCCUCAUUCGAUUCCCAAACAUCCGGCUCUUGCACUGCAGACAGCACAAGAAGUGUUGGUAUGAGCAGUGCCAAUGAGCAACAAGAUCUCCGCAGCGAGAACCUCCAAAGAAAUGCCAGUCUCCAAGAGUCCAAACCGGGCAAUUUCUCUCAGCUGUACCCCAACUCAACUCGCUGGUACGAUUCCAGUGCGCCAUCUAGUCAAUCUUCCGGAUCCCGAGUCCGUCGAUCGACGCUCUGCGCUCCUCGAAAUUCAGAGUACCCUUACCCUGUACAGACCGGGCCCAGCCCCGGCCCCGGCCCUGCACCACACGCCUCCUACCAAUCCUUCAUAUCAAGCUCAUCAUCCUCAUUCGUCUCACAAGACGAACAAACCCUUGCCACCCGCGGCCCCCUUUACGGCGACACAUUCUCAACAAGCACCCUAAACGUCCUGCACGAUUCAAGCUCAACAGCAACCCUAGAAACUCUAAGCACCUACCACCAACAAGCCGGCAGCUACGCAACAAAAACCAUCUCCACCCGCUCCAGGUCCCGAAGCAAAAGCUUGCAUAGUAACAACAGCCGAGGCUGGCGCCACGACUCAACCAUCGAAAUCCCCAAAUUACCCACGAUUCUCUCGCCCGAUCAUCUCCAGUCUGAGACUGGUGCGUACGAAGAGAUGGAAAUGCCCAUUCCGACUGAUGAGCCCCAGACUCAGACUCACCGUGGCCGGCCCCGAAGCCGCAGUCAAGACUUUCGGCGCCGAAAGUUAACCAAGACGCGCCCUUCUCUUCAUGAUGUUCAUAUCACGACUUCCCCUUAUGCACUUCCUUCAAUUUAG